CCAAGUUGCUCAAAACUGGUUUCGAUGGUAUUUAACCAAACACAUUACUUUCUAUAGUCUGCAAGCAUUAUAAACUAUAUGGUCUAUUGCCUUCAGAUGUUUUGUUUGUUUGUCUUUGAAAAUCAAACCACUAAAAUCAGAGAGUAUAUCCCACAGUAAUUCGUUUUUGGCAUUUAAUCACUUUUACGGUUCGCUUUAUAUUUGGUACAGCCUUUUUCCGCCACUCUGGAAGCAUCCAAUGGAUUAUUAGAUCUAUUAAAUACUUAUUCCAAGAAAAUCAAAAUUUUAAUCAUAGAUCAAAUAAAAUAUCUUUCAACUAGUUUGUACUAGAUAAUUUUCUUCUACAUUUUUCAUCAUCAUAAAAGCAGCAGUAAAAGUUUUGAAUUUUCAACCUUAAACUGUUUUUUAUAAUUAAAAUUAUUUACAAAAAAAUCUUACAAUUGUUCGGAAAUCAGGAAACCGAGUACCAAUAACAAAUUAUCAACGAGUUAACAGUGUUGUUUAACCACGUGGUAUAUCACUGGUUUUUUACGUGAUCAAAAUAGAUGUCUGCCUUGACCACCUGUGGGGAGUUGCGUCGCUUCGAAGCCAAGUACACCCUCUCAGAGACCCAAUUGGGGGAUGGGGGCUAUGGGGUGGUGUGCAAGGGCUUAGACAAGAACACAAGGGAACCUGUGGCUGUAAAGGUCAUUCUGAAAGACAACUAUGCCAAAGCCGACUUGCCCCGUCUGGCUGUAGAAAUUGCCCUGUGCAAGCGACUGUCUCACAAACACCUGGUGCAAUGCAGAGACGUAUUUGAUAUAGAGAGCAGAAGACAGGUGAGAACCAACAGAUUAUCUUCCGAGACGUGAAGCCCGAGAAUAUUUUGCUAAGUGAGCCAUUUAUCUCAGGGAAACACCACAUUCUACUGUGCGAUUUCGGACUAGCUGUCGUGAAGGGGGAGGAGCGAGCAAGGGGAGCAUUUGGGUCAGUGUAUUACAUAGCACCAGAAGCACUAGUCUCUCUACCCCCUAAUGAAGACUACAACGAGAAAGUGGAUGUAUGGGCUGCAGGCAUAGUCGCACAUGCUUGUGUUGCUGGAUAUCCGCCAUUCUGCACUGCAAAUAACAGAAACGACGAAAUACUCAAACUUAUAGAGAAUACAGAUUUGGACGUGAAUGUUCCCGAAUUAUCAUCUGCGAGCACAGACUUCAUUAAUUUUCUCCAGGAGACAAUAAGACGAGAUGUUUCCACGAGACUGUCGGCUACAGAAGCAUUAGGCCACCCGUGGCUGAAAAACUUGAGUGACGAGAAAAACAGUGCUGUAAAACAUAACUUCUCAAACUACAAAAACUACUCCAAAUCGAAGUAAAAAACUGCAGGACAUCUGAAAAACUUGUACUUUUCAAAAUUAUUAUUUUUCACUACUUAUUGGAGGCCAUUUUUUGAGAAGUUUUGUGAAAUUUUGUCGACUUUCAGACGGAUUAUCGACAAUACAGAUUUUUCUAGCUCACUUAAAACUCAAAAAUACCCUAUUUUGCGGAAAAAAUCUGCACUCCACGUGACCUUUGAAGAAAAUUUAGCUGAAAAUGAAGUUUAAAGGCAAUUUCUGGAAAGUUUUGACCAAUAUGUCUCUUUUUAUCGGCGCUUUUUCUCCAUUUAAAUUUUUUGUUCGUUGCAGUACUUAAGAAUUGCUGCUGCUAAUAAAAAUAAUCCGUUUUUUAAACUCAAAGAAGCAAUACACUUAUGAUGAUUUAUCAGUUUUAAAGCUAGUUAUUUGCAGAUUGAAUUUUAUAGUAAAUUGCUAAAUGCUCCCGCUUGAAUGGUUUUUGAAGUUCGCAGAUCUGAAAUAGCAUUACGACGCCACACUCAUUGAGUUUUACCGGCUCCGAUUCAACAUCUUUUGUCUUUUUUUCCCGCAAAAUUGAUCUAGAU